CAGCCGCCAGCACUGCGGGCGCCGCAUGCAAGGGCUUCUGGGAGCCGAGCCUCGGGGUCUCGGGGAAGGGGCGCAGGUAGCCGCCAUCUUGAGUUGCGAACCUUGUCGUUACGCUCAACGCUAGGGGCGGAGUGGCGACCCCACUGUUACCUGCAGCGGACGCCGCAACCGGGAGCUGGGAAGUUAAGACACCGUGUAUUGCCACAUUAAUGGAUGCCAUGGCUAGUCCAGGGAAAGAUAACUAUAGAAUGAAAAGUUACAAGAAUAAAGCCCUAAAUCCCCAAGAGAUGCGUAGACGAAGAGAAGAAGAAGGAAUACAGCUUCGAAAACAAAAAAGGGAAGAGCAGUUGUUCAAACGCAGAAAUGUCUCUUUGCCCAGAAAUGAUGAAUCUAUGCUAGAAAGUCCUAUCCAGGAUCCGGAUAUCAGUUCCACUGUGCCCAUUCCGGAGGAAGAAGUUAUCACCUCAGAUAUGGUUCAGAUGAUUUUUUCUAACAAUGCUGAUCAGCAGCUAACAGCAACACAGAAAUUUAGAAAGCUGCUUUCUAAAGAACCUAAUCCACCAAUUGAUCAGGUUAUACAGAAACCAGGAGUUGUACAGAGAUUUGUGAAAUUUCUUGAAAGAAAUGAAAAUUGUACUUUACAGUUUGAAGCUGCAUGGGCAUUAACUAAUAUAGCAUCUGGAACUUUUCUGCAUACCAAGGUAGUGAUUGAAACUGGGGCUGUUCCAAUUUUUAUCAAACUUCUUAAUUCAGAGCAUGAAGAUGUGCAAGAGCAGGCUGUUUGGGCACUUGGUAAUAUUGCUGGUGACAAUGCAGAAUGCAGAGAUUUUGUUUUGAAUUGUGAAAUACUUCCACCUCUUUUAGAGUUAUUAACAAAUUCAAACAGACUUACAACAACCAGAAAUGCCGUAUGGGCCCUCUCAAAUUUAUGUAGAGGCAAAAACCCUCCUCCAAACUUUAGUAAGGUUUCACCUUGCUUAAAUGUCUUGUCACGAUUGUUGUUUAGCAGUGACCCAGAUGUAUUAGCAGAUGUGUGCUGGGCCCUUUCUUAUCUUUCUGAUGGACCCAAUGAUAAAAUUCAAGCAGUCAUUGAUUCUGGAGUCUGUCGAAGAUUGGUGGAACUUUUGAUGCACAAUGAUUAUAAAGUUGUAUCACCUGCAUUAAGAGCAGUUGGUAAUAUUGUGACUGGUGAUGAUAUUCAAACACAGGUAAUUCUGAAUUGCUCUGCAUUACCGUGUCUCUUACACUUAUUGAGUAGCCCAAAGGAAUCAAUCAGAAAAGAAGCCUGCUGGACUGUUUCUAACAUCACUGCUGGAAAUAGAGCUCAGAUUCAGGCUGUUAUAGAUGCAAAUAUUUUUCCUGUUUUGAUUGAGAUUCUUCAGAAAGCAGAGUUUCGCACCAGGAAAGAAGCAGCUUGGGCUAUAACUAAUGCAACAUCAGGAGGUACUCCAGAACAAAUAAGGUAUUUGGUAGCCUUAGGUUGCAUUAAACCACUUUGUGACCUAUUGACUGUUAUGGACUCUAAAAUAGUCCAAGUGGCUUUAAAUGGACUUGAAAAUAUUUUACGUCUUGGAGAACAAGAAUCUAAGCAGAAUGGAAUAGGCAUUAAUCCAUACUGUGCUCUCAUUGAAGAAGCAUAUGGUCUGGAUAAAAUUGAAUUUCUGCAAAGCCAUGAAAAUCAGGAAAUUUACCAAAAGGCUUUUGAUCUGAUUGAACAUUACUUUGGUGUAGAGGAAGAUGACCCCAGCAUUGUACCUCAGGUGGAUGAAAGUCAGCAACAGUUCGUGUUUCAGCAGCAGGAAGCACCAAUGGAAGGGUUUCAACUUUAACUUGGUGGAGGAAAAAUUAAUGGCUACAAAGGAUAGUUUCAGAGAUAUCUUCUUUGUUACAAUGUCAGUAGGAAUGUUUGAUGUGUUUUUACUUAGAACAGAAAAGAAAAAGUUGAUGCACUUUUAAAAAGCAAAACAAAAAAGUUUCCAUUCAGAUGCAAUCUUUCAUUAUAGUUUUGUUUUUAUUUUGGUGUACCUAUAUUUGUGUUUUUAUUGUUUUGUCUAUUUUUUGUAACUAUUUGUGAGCAAUUAAAUACAUAUGAAAUUAUUUAGUAACUUCAGCUUGAAAAAGAGAACUUUGGGUAAAGUAUUACAUAUGGUUCUGAAUUUUUUCUAGCAUCUUGGAAACUGCACAUUAGCAGUACAGCUGAUAAUUGCAUUUUGGCAGUAAGUCUGACACGCCCAAUCUACUAAAUCUACCUCUAUCUUGAAGCAAAAACAAAAAAGCUUCAGAAGCAUGAAAUAGUGUAAAAGCUAAAUUAGAAUGUGAAAAUAUCUAUUACCUUAAAUUAUAAAUCACUGUGCUGUAGGUUAUACUUUGCAAAAAAAAAAAAAUUACAACAGAAAACCUGUAAAAUUUAUUUAUAAAACAUGUAAGUAUUGUACUGAUAAUCAAUUAAAAUGUGGCAAUUGUGAAGAGAAAAGCUGUUCUUCAUGUUGAACACAUUAAAAUGAUUACACAACAUUUAAAUAUUUGUGUUUUUAACAUGUAAAUGCUAUUAUAUUAGUAUAUUUUGUAUUUUGACCAAAUAUGCUACCAUUUUUGAAAUAGUGUUUUAUUAUUUUUUCACUCUUCAUUUUAAAAAGCAUCAUGAUAGAGAUGCCAUCAUGAAUCUAAAGUAGUGCUGCAUAGCAAAAAUAAUACUGUAAUUCUUUCUCUGAUUUUUUCAGAGCAGUAAUUGAAAAGUUUCACUUUUUGUGUAAUAAUAAACUUAGGUACUUUGACAAAAUUAUCCUGAAGAAAUCACCUUGUUAAUGUGUUAAAUUUUAUUAAAUGCUCUUAAUGUUUGGACACUAAAGGAUGACACUAAUGAAAAUUGCUAAGGAUUCUUUAAUAUAGUUGAAAUCUAUAUUAGGAAUUUUUUUUUCAUUUUUCAUAAUACUUGGGAGGGCCAUACUGCUGCUUGUAAAUCAGUGUAUUAAAUUACAUUUGUAUCAGAUUGGUCAAUAUAAUGUAUGUGUUUUACGUAUUAACAGCAAAAACCUCUUCAAAACAUGAAACUUUUAAAAAAAAGUUUCAGUAGAAAAAGUAUAUAUAUAUUUAUUUAUAGAUACAUAUGUAAAUGUUGUCUGUGUGUUAUUCUCACAGUGCUGUACUUGGUAGAGCUUUCUAAGCAGAUAUGGUACUGUUGAACUCAGUCUUUUCAUUUAUAGUUAUAUGCAGGCUAUUUACACUUCCAAUUAUAUACCUAAAAUACUUAUUUACAACUGUUUUAAGAUGGGAACUAAAGCAUUUUUGAUAUUAUUCAUAGUCUAUUCUGUAAAGAAAGAUUUCAUUUAUGAUAGCAUUUAUAAUGUUUCUGCUGGAAAUCAGAGGCAUGUUACAAGAAGAAAUUGUAUAUAGGAGUACUUUUAAAUAGUAUGACACUUUGUAAAUUAUGUAUCAUGAAAUUAUGCUUUUGGCAAGACACUUAAAACCUACAGCUAUAAAAUACAGGUUUAAAUGGUGUCCAUAAUGCUGACUGUAUCUGCCAAACCUCUUUUAUAUUGUUAAGUAGAGGAUUGUAUCUGUGCCCAUUUUAUUGUAGUGGAAGUUAUAAAGUUUAGUAUAAAAAGUUUUUCUUUUGCAUUAUGUAUAGUCAAAAGAACAGGGUAGUUAUAUCAAAGAUUACCAAAUUGAUGGUGAAUUUAUGAGAUAAACAUUUUUUUGUGGUACAGAUGGUUCUAAGUAUCAGGUGACAGGGUAUUCCACUCUUUCUAACCGAACUUGAUAAUGCAGCAUAAUUCAUAAACUAACCAGCUGUGCCUGCUUUUAUUUUGAGGACCCUGUAGUCACAUUAAAAAAAAUCUAAGCCAAGUCUUUCAAACAAAAUGGUUCUUAUAGAAGGAAAAAUAAUAUAUAUGUGUGUACAUACCCACACACAUAUAAAAUGAUUUUUGAGGGGAUAAUUUUUAAAUUUUGCCAGUAAAACAAACCUUGUAUCUCUAAAUACAGAGUAUGACUAUAUUUUAAGCAUCUAAAUUUAGAAUUAUAUUUAAUUUCUUAGAUUUGUUAUUUGGGUAAUUAAUUUGAUUAGAUUUGAAUGCAAGAGGGAGUUUCUGUCUAAUAGUUGGGACCAGUUAUGGACAUGAUGAUGAUGACUUCAUUGAACCAAGACUAGCAAAUACUUUGUUACUAAAAUUUUUUUUAUAUAUGGCUACUCUUUUCAAAUAAAAUAUUUAAAAUGCUCCAAAAUAUAUUUUCAUUAAU